CGCACGAAAAACAGACAACUCAAGCAUCGUUAUCUGUUUUUGGAUUAUGUUCUUAAUAGAUUCUCUUAAACUGUAGGUUUAACAUCUCUGCCUCCUGCGAUCUCUUGUCAGCGAUCUUGUUGAAGUCAAACUCUCUGCGUCGCCUCUCCAACAGGAAAAGAAUAUGCGCAAACUGAAGACCUUAAAUGAAAUGACGCAGCUGAGAGCGUCUGGAUUCGGUCAACAGUGGCCAAGACACGGACUAAAACUCUUAUACUGGUUUGCUCAUGACUGUGUUUAUUUUGAUACCAACAACGAAAUGCUCGCCCAGUGUGAACCAUUCAGCGGGGACUUUGGUUUCCAUCUGUUUCAGAAUAGAUCUGAUGAAAACCUGCUCCCUUUUUCAGAUCUACCAUACUAUGAAGUAGGGAAUUUAAACUCACGUGGCGCAAACCAGCUGCCCCAUUACGUCAGGAAGGAUUACACUGGGGUUCAUGAUGAUAGCAACGUUGACCGCAUCAUUGUUAGUGUUGACGAUGAAGAGUCGUUUGAUAAAGUAUACAUCACAGAACACCAUGAUACGUCGACCUUUAAUCACGAACGCACCUACCGCAUUAGUAGAGGACUACUUAUCAUUAUCAGAAACAUGGAUCUUGACACGUUCUUGGAGCAGGCAGGAUCAGCAUCAAAGAGACCAAACAAUCAAGACUAUGUGGUUAACAUUGAAUCAGGUGCGAAGAAUACUGGUUCCAACACAAAACCAACAAGACCUCCGGAGAGCCGAUCUGGCAGCAGAGGAUUCUGGGAAAGAUUCUGCACCAUACUUUAG